AUGCAUGCUUUACAUUCUUAUUUCUCAGGGGAUAUUUUUGCCCAGAACUUUGUCCCCAACUGGCGUGGACCUGACGGCAGCUUCUUUGGCUUGUUUUCCAUCUUUUUCCCAUCGGCCACCGGCAUCUUGGCAGGAGCCAACAUUUCGGGCGACUUGAAGGAUCCGGCGGUGGCAAUUCCUAAAGGGACCCUCAUGGCUAUUUUCUGGACAACCAUAUCCUAUUUGGUGCUUUCUGCUACAAUUGGUUCUUGUGUGGUCCGUGACGCAUCGGGGAACGUGAAUGACACACUCGCCAUGGAUUCGAUGGGCUGUGAAGGCAUCGCUUGUGGCCUCGGCUGGAACUUCACCGAAUGCGCCCAGAGCCAGAGCUGCCGCUAUGGGCUCAUCAACCAUUACCAGGCCAUGAGCAUGGUGUCUGGAUUCGCACCAUUGAUCACCGCGGGGAUUUUUGGGGCCACCCUCUCCUCUGCUCUGGCUUGCCUGGUCUCCGCACCCAAAGUGUUUCAGUGCCUUUGCAAGGACCAACUCUACCCUGCCAUUGGCUUUUUCGGGAAGGGCUAUGGAAAAAACAAUGAACCGAUCCGGGGCUAUGUGCUGACGUACUUUAUCGCAGUGGGCUUCAUCCUUAUUGCGGAAUUGAAUGCCAUUGCUCCCAUCAUCUCCAACUUCUUCCUCUGCUCCUAUGCGCUCAUCAACUUCAGCUGCUUCCAUGCCUCCAUUACCAAUUCGCCAGGUUGGAGGCCCUCCUUCCGGUAUUACAGCAAAUGGGCAGCUCUCUUUGGGGCCGUCAUCUCAGUGGUCAUCAUGUUCUUGCUCACCUGGUGGGCCGCCCUCAUUGCCAUUGGAAUUGUGGUUUUCUUGCUGGGAUACGUGCUCUACAAGAAGCCUGUUGUGAAUUGGGGCUCCUCGGUGCAAGCUGGUUCCUACAACAUGGCUCUGAACUAUUCUGUUGGACUUAAUGAGGUGGAUGACCACAUUAAAAACUACAGACCUCAGUGUCUGGUCCUGACUGGCCCUCCCAAUUUCCGUCCAGCUCUGGUGGAUUUCGUGGGCACCUUCACCAAAAACGUUAGCCUGAUGAUCUGCGGAAAUGUGUUGGUUUCAUAG